AUGUUGGGAUUUGUACCAAAUGCAUUACUGAUUUACAAGGCUAAAUCGUGUACUGGUGACUACCAUCACGAGAUGAAUGGUGAGAACUUUAAAAAGUGGUUUACAGAAAAACUCUUGAGCAACCUACCCGAAAAGAGCGUUAUAAAAAUGGACAAUGCAUCAUACCAUUCUGUACAGUUUGACAAAUGUCCCACAACUAAUACCAAGAAAACAGAUAUUCAGGCUUAUCUUCGAUUACACGAAAUACAGUUUGAAAAUAAACUUCUCCGUCCGCAGCUUCUUGCUUUAGCAAAAGCCAACAACCAAACGCCAAAAUAUGUUAUAGACAAUAUUGCCGGAGAGAGAGGACAUGACAUUUUACGUCUACCUCCUUAUCAUCCAGAUCUAAAUCCUAUAGAACUGAUAUGGAACCAAGUAAAACAAAGUGUCGCCUCAAGAAACGCUACCCACAGGAUUGACGAUGUUUUAAAACUUGCACAUGAAGCAGUGGCAGAUAUCACAGUUUCUGAUUGGGAGAAAACUUGCCGUCAUGUUCCAAUUAUCGAAGAAGAAUACAGAAAAAGAGACAUUGUAAUCGACGAACAAAUGGAGAGAUUGAUAAUUGAUCUGGCAGACAGCAGUGACAGUGAUAGUGACAUUAAUGACAAUGUUUAA